AUGGAAAAGAAGAAAGUGUUUGAAGUGCAAGCCAUGGAAAGUUUUGCGCCUUAUUUGACUGCUCCCAACAUCCUUCAACAAAUUACUCAGCAACUGACAGAAGACGACACGAAUUGCCCUAAAGAAUUGGCACAGGAGAUGCUGCAAAAAAAAUUGAAAAAUAAGAAGUACCUGCUCGUGAUAGAUGGUGAAGUCAGUGGUACUGAAUGGAAGCACUUUUUGACUAGCAUCCCAGUUGGGCCUAGGGGUAGUAGAGUAGUGCAUAUCACACAAGGUAAACCAGAAGAGCCACCUAGCAGCUACCAUCAUGUCACCAUUCAGUUAAAAAAACUUACAGAAGAUGCUUCCAUGUCAUUGUUUCGUCAGAGGCUACCUAAGGAACUGCAAGAUAAAAACCUUAAGAAGUACCAAAAGAGUAUUUUCAAAAUCACCCAAGGGUUACCUUUGGCGGUUGUUCUUUUAUCAGGUCUUGUGCAAACCAAGGUGUUCCCAAGUGAUUGGGUGAAGGUUUUUCACUACCUUAAGUCCAAGCCAUCAGCGAAUCUUGAAAGCAUGCUGUCAGUUUGCUUUGAUGAUCUUCCACAUGAGCUAAAAUGUUGCUUCCUCUACUUUGCUGCGUUGCCAACCAACACUACAAUUGAGGCACGCAGCUUGGUAUUUAUGUGGGUUGCAGAGGGAUUUCUAAGUUCAAAGGGCGGGAAGACAAUGGAGAAGAUUGGCAACAUCUACCUAUCUGAGUUGAUUAAUCGGAAUCUUGUCAACCGAGUGAAAAUGGAUGAUGAUUCCAGUUUCGGGAAUAGAAGCACAUGA